AAUUAUAAAAUGUACGAGCCGUAUGUAAAAAUAAAAAAAAAGCGAAAUGUGCCCGAAAUCUAUCAAAAUGAAAAUCUUGUUGUCGAUGUGAAUUUGGAACAACAGCAGCAGCAGCAACAACAACAACAACACCAACAGCAGCAACAGCAACAACAAGAACACCACCACCAACAACAACAACAGCAGCAGCAACAAAUUUCAAGUGAUAAUUGUUGCUGUCAAAGUGGAACGCAAAAUGUUGCCGCUGCCAGCGCUUUGAGCAGCGCGUUGGCAGAGACGCCAGCAGCGAGCAGCAGCAGCAGCAACAACUGCAGCCGCUUGCAGCAAUUGAUAUCAACGCCUCCAGUAUUACUGCGCAGAUCGUCGCUAACGACGACGCAGGCAUCGACGUCGACGUCAACGUCAACGUCAACGUCAGCAUCGGCGUUGCCACAACACCCACACGCUGUUGCUGUGAGCACGCCAACGUCAACGCCGCCACCACCGCCGUCGCCACCAUCGCCGCCGCACCAGCAGCAACAGCAACAGCAGCAGCAGCACCCGCAGCAACAAGCGGCAGCAACUUCAGUUUUGCAACAACAUUUGGGUCACCUGAAUUACGAAAGUGGAGCAACUGCAGCAGCAGCAGCAGCGGCAGCAACAAGAAGUGGCACAGCAACACUGGCGCAACAUUUGGCAACACCCAGCAGCAUACUGCAGGCUGCUUUCAGCAACAACAACAACAACAACAACAACAGCAGCAGCAGCAGCAGCACAAGCAGCAGCAACAGCAACUUACAAAACAUUUUAACGCGCGCACAAAGUUCCUCCUCCUCCAGCAACAAUUGCAGCAGCGCCUGUGCCGGCAACAGGCACUACAACGGCAACAGCAGCAGCAGCAGCAGCAGCAGCAGCAACAGCAACAGCAACAGCAACAGCAUCAUUGCCAGCCGCCUCUUUGGACCCACCUCAUCCAUCGCCAGCUGCAGUAGCAGCAGCAGCAGCAGCAGCAGCGCCUCCUCCAGCUCGCUGUCGCCGCAUCAUCAUCUGCAUAGCCAUCAUUCCGCUUUGACCAAUUCAAUUACGAAUCGCAUUAAUCAAUCGAUACGUCGGCAUCUCAAUCAGCAGCAACAUCACCAACACAGCAGCAGCAGCAGCAGCCACAACUCUGCCUCAUCCUCAGCGAGCAAUAGCUCCAGUUCUUCUUCUUCUUCUUCUUCAUCGUCGUCGUCAUCAUCGUCUCCCUCCUCAUCGCACUAUCAGCAGCAGCAGCAGCCGCAUUUUAAUUGCGCUCAUCCUGCACAGCAGCAACAUCAAAGCCACAGCAACCAGCAUCACCUCCAGCAACACCAACAACAGCACCACCAGCAGCAACAACAGCACCACCAACAUCAUCAUCAUCAUCAUCACAGCAACAACAACAACAACAACAAUCAGCAACAACAACAACAAUCUCCACUGUGCCUAGUAUUAUUAGUUAAAUGCCCCAAUUCGAAGGAGUUUUGUAACGCCGCUGCAAAUUUCUGUGAUAAAAGAUUGCCGGUUAACGAAUGUCAGGCAAGCCAAACAGCUAGAGUCACCUCGAACCUGCACGCAUCCAGUAGCACAAUGGCGGUCAGUCGCGUACCCUCGCCGCCCCUGCCGGAAGUAAAUACGCCAGUCGCUGAGAACUGGUGUUACACGCAGGUCAAAGUGGUUAAAUUUAGUUAUAUGUGGACCAUAAAUAACUUUAGUUUUUGUCGAGAAGAAAUGGGUGAAGUGCUCAAAUCUUCCACAUUCUCAGCGGGUGCUAAUGACAAACUGAAAUGGUGUUUACGGGUAAAUCCCAAGGGUCUAGAUGAGGAGAGCAAGGAUUACUUAUCAUUAUAUUUACUGUUAGUAUCGUGUAACAAAUCUGAAGUCAGAGCCAAGUUCAAAUUUUCCAUAUUAAACGCAAAACGUGAGGAAACCAAAGCCAUGGAAUCCCAACGCGCAUAUCGUUUUGUUCAGGGGAAGGAUUGGGGCUUUAAGAAAUUUAUACGCCGCGAUUUUCUCCUGGACGAGGCCAACGGCCUGUUGCCAGAGGACAAGCUGACCAUCUUCUGCGAGGUGAGCGUGGUGGCGGAUAGCGUCAACAUCUCGGGACAAUCCAACAUAGUGCAGUUCAAAGUGCCCGAGUGCAAACUCUCCGAGGACCUUGGCAAUCUCUUUGACAAUGAGAAAUUCAGCGAUGUCACGCUCUCCGUGGGCGGUCGAGAAUUUCAAGCGCACAAAGCCAUAUUGGCAGCGCGCAGCGAUGUCUUUGCUGCCAUGUUUGAGCACGAAAUGGAGGAGCGUAAGCUGAAUCGUGUCGCCAUAACCGAUGUGGAUCAUGAGGUGCUCAAAGAGAUGCUGCGAUUCAUAUACACGGGCAAGGCGUCCAAUCUAGAAAAAAUGGCUGAUGAUCUCUUAGCGGCUGCUGAUAAGUAUGCACUCGAAAAGCUGAAAGUGAUGUGCGAGGAGGCGCUGUGCGUCAAUCUCUCUGUUGAAACAGCAGCCGAAACGUUAAUAUUAGCUGAUCUCCAUAGUGCGGAUCAAUUGAAAGCACAAACGAUAGAUUUCAUUAAUACUCAUGCCACCGAUGUGAUGGAAACCUCUGGCUGGCAAAAUAUGAUUACGACACAUUCACAUUUGAUAGCGGAGGCAUUUCGUGCGCUCGCAACACAACAAAUCCCACCAAUUGGACCACCAAGGAAACGCGUGAAAAUGAGCUGAAACCUUAAUCCAGCAGCUAACCAUGUAACACUAAAUGCAACGGCAACAGGCAGCAACAACAGCAACACCAAUAACAACAACAUCAGCAACAACAA